CCCAGUACUAAGUAUUAGGACACCAAGUCACUAUCAAUUAACAAAUAAACUAUGUCAGCCAACGAAUGGAAUACAAGCUCCUCGGGAACAACACCCGAUGUAGAUGAAUUCAUAAUACCCGACGAAGAUUUCGAAGAGACACCUACUCCAAAGCCUAAACUGGCUAGUAAUACCAAUACUUAUGGAAGUCAAAGUUCAAGUAGUAAUAAUAAUAAUAAUAAUACUAAUACUAAUAAUAGUAGUAGUAAUUCAGGAUCUGGUAAUAUAUUCAGUCAAUUUGGAUUUACUCCUAAAGUUGAUUUAUCCUCUACAUUUGCUCCAUUUACUUCAUCUGCUAAUUUACCAGCUAAUAAUUCAGUACGUGAACGUCAAUAUAAUGGAGGUGAAACAUUAGAUGAACCUAUAUUAGAAACAUUAAAGAGAGAUUUAUUUCAAAUAGGUAAAAGAUUAGCUAUAGUUGUUUGGCCUUAUCAAUUGGCUCAAUUGGCUAAAACUCAACAACUGAGACUUGUAGAUUUUGCUGCUACUAAUGGAAUUAGAUUACCUGAUCUGAUAAUUGCUAAUAGAAGAAUAUCUGUAUCUCAUGAUGCUGAUGAAGAAGAAACUGGAACUGGAAUUGAAUCUAGUGAAUUAAUUAAUCAAGGUAAUUUAGAUUGGGAUUUAUGGGGUCCAUUAAUCUUUUCCUUAGUUUAUUCAGUAACUUUAGGAGUUUCUGCUCCUAAUCAACAAACUAAUCUGGUAUUUUCUGGAUCAUUUUCAUUUAUUUGGAUAUUUUUUAUUGUAAUUGGAUUAAAUAUUCAAUUAUUAGGUGGAACUAUUUCCUUUAUGUCGGCUAUAAGUGCAGCAGGUUAUUCAAUGUUCCCUAUUGUUGUAGGAGCAUUAAUUAGUGCUUUAGUUAUAAAAUGGAAAUUAUUACGAUUAGCAAUAUUAGUAAUUUUAAAUAUUUGGAGUAUUUAUGCUGGAUUAAUGAGCUUAAAAUGUUCAGGAGUUUUACCAGGAAGAGUAUUAUUAGCAAUGUAUCCUGUUGGAUUAAUGUACUCUGUAUUAAGUUGGUUAGUAGUUAUUACAUAGGCUAAAUAAAUUAAAUAAAUUAAAUA